AUGACAACAAAAGAGAUAUUAGAUAAACUACAAAUAUAUAACAGAGAUGAACUUAAGGAAUUGAAAAGAGAUGAAUUGGUUAAAUUAAUGGUUAAAUAUUCAUUAAAACAUGGUCGUAAAAAGAAAGAUGUUCUAAUCGAUUCAAUAUUGGAAUAUCAAGAACAUAUCAAUGAUAUCAAAUCAAAGUUGAUUACAAACAACCCAAUCGAACAAUAUCAUCGUGGAACUGUUGAAUAUCGAUUGCCAACAUUGAUCAUCUAUCGAAUCAUUCGUGAUCUUUGGUAUGAAGAUAUCCACUUUUGUCAGAACAUUGAUCUACGUAGCAACUACCGAUGGUUACUCUCGAUUGCUCUCGUUUCCAAAGAGUUUUUCAAGUUGAUAUCAUCAUUGUUCAAUCGAUUCGCAAUCAAACCAAAUCCACGUCAGACAAAAAAAGAUACGAUUUCGUUUGCAAAGCAUCUUAGAAAAAGUUUUUUAAAUCCACAUUCAGUACUCAAGAGAAUCAGUGAUAUCACAUUACCAAGCAAAGUGUUCAGUGAAAUCAUCAAGAAAUCUAUUUCAGCUCCGUUUGAAUUGGGAUUGAUCUUCAAUAAUGUCAGACGCUUUUGUAUGUUCAACGACAUUGGUAAUUGGCGAGAUAAUUCAAUUAAAAUACCACAAUGUAAAUCGAUCAUAGAAUACAUGCCUAAUAUCGAAUCAUUGGUACUUAAUCAGUUACACAUUGAUCGUAAUAGAAUACUUUCAGAUCAACAUCAACUUACCACAUUUGGUGUUGGAAGAAUCAAUUUCGCGCAAUUUCAAGUUUUAAGUGGUCAUUUUAUGAACAUUACCAAACUGAUUAUCUACACGGUGUAUGGAAGUGUGGCUGAAAAGUUCGAGGAACUGUUAUGUUUACCAGAUUGCAAAGUUCGCACUCUAAUCACAGACAGCAGGUGUGGAUGGGUCAAACGUGUGCUCAGCAAGAAUCAAUUGAUCGACACGAUCGAUAUCAAUUAUAAUUUAGACGAGACAUUCAAUUUUUUGUCGAAAUCACCAUCGAUCAAACGAUUCAUCUUCAACAACAGUAAUAGAAUAACAGACUAUCGUUUGACAACCGAUACUCGAGCCACUGGAUUUGCACACGUCAAAUCAAAGAGUCAAAUUUAUAGAGUAGCAAGCUACGCAGUGAAGAUCUACAACGUUUCAGAGAAUCAAGAUGACAAUGCAGCUGUGGAAUCGACCUAUCCUCAUCUCAAGUUUCUGUACGCCAGCAAUGAGAUAGUUUCAUCAGACCCUGACUCUAACUUUUCAAAUUCAGAUUCAGAUUUCGAUUCAGAUUUAUAUUCAGAAUUCGGUUCAGACCUAGAUGAUUACAUUUUCGAUAAUAGUGAUUUUGACCCUUAUGAAUCUGAUUUUGAUGAUUCUGAUGGCUCGGUUGUUCUUUAA